GGAUGGCUCUGUCCGCGGCGGAAGGCGAGAUGGUGCGCGCGCUGUGGAAGAAGCUGGGCGACAACGUCGGAGUCUGCGUGGCCGAGGCCUUGGAGCGGACCUUCCUGGCUUUCCCAUCCACCAGGACCUACUUCGCGCACUGGGACCUGAGCCGCGGCUCCGCCCGGAUCCAAGCCCACGGCCGGAAGGUGGGCGCCGCGCUGACCCUCGCCGUGAACGCCCUGGACGCCCUGCCGGGCUCGCUGUCCGCCCUGAGCGACCUGCACGCGCGCGCGCUGCGCGUGGACCCCGCCCACUUCCAGCUCCUGGGCCACUGCCUGCUGGUGACCCUCGCCCGGCACUACCCCGGGGACUUCAGCCCCGCCAUGCAGGCCUCGCUGGACAAGUUCCUGAGGCUGGUGACGGCGGCGCUGGUCUCCGAGUACCGCUGA